UGAUCUCCCCUCCACUCCCCGCUGACCAGAGAAAACACCCGAUAGCGAAUGCGAGAGGGGAUUUAAAUUGAACAAAAACCCGUCCGCUUUAGUUGACGGACAACGCUGCCGUCUGCCUUCUCACGCUGGUUGGCGUCGGCCGCUGGUUCUUGUUUCGGAGCUACAGCUAAGCGUUAGCGCAGGGCGGCGUUAGCUGGGCUGUAAUGUCGGCACGGUUGGACUUGUUUUCCCCCGUAGACCUCGCUUCCUGUUAGCCUCGGGCUCGCUGGAAAAUCGAAAUUAUGUUAAUGAACGAGCGGGUUUAGUUAGCCAACACAAAAGAGGGGGUGUAACUUUGCUAUGUGCGAUAGCCUGUCCUUCCACCUGACUUCUGUUUUUCCUUAUAAAUCUAUGCUGUUAACUUUUAUUUAAUGCCCCUUAUCCGGGUUAGUUUGCUAGCGCGUGCCAGCUAGCCAUCUUUGCUCGGGUUCACGGCUUGAACUGUUAAACUUGGUUAGUUUUUCUUUUUACGACAAAGAGCAGGCGAUUUUAAGUUGAUGGUUAAUAUAUGCGAAGGCAGCGAGCUCACUUGUGCCUAUUAAAUACUUUAAAUUCCCGUGACGGUGUUUACUGUGUAAAUACCAACGGCUUGUUCUGCUACUUGUCGAUUUAUUUUGAAGAAUACGUGGAAACUACUCUGGAUAUUUUGAUUACAAUAAUAAAAAAAGGAAAUCAAAUAGGAAUUGUAAAUUUCAUGCAGUGUUAGUGGAUUGAUGCAGAUAGUAUUUGCAUUUUAUUUGACAUCGGUUCUUCCUUCAAUCUGCAGCUUCCAGGUUUGAUUUAUCUUUAUAUUCAUUUAGAUGCAGUUUAGAGGAGCUAAUAUUUAGAAGUAUUUAGUAAGAUAGCGGUAGCCUCUCCUCAUCCAUCUAUCCACCACCUCCUCUCCUGCCAUGGAUCCCCCCAGGACUCGGUCGCGCUCUCGAUCUGGUUUCUAUCACUUUUCAAUGAACGGCAGCGUUGCGGGAAACGACGGAGGCUUGAUGAACGCCAGUGGAGGAGGGGUGAGCUACCCGCCGCCGAGUAACCCCGGCUGGGCACCGCACCACGGAGGACGGAGCUUCCCGGAGGGCCAGCAGCAGCAACAACCGCUGCCGCCGCCUCAGCAACACGCCCAGGGGAGCUACCUGUCCGCUGGGGUGCAGCGCCACUCCGCACACGGAGCUCACCGACACCCCGGGGCAGGAGGAGUGCUGCAUUUUCACCCAGAUAAUGUGUGCAACGAGGAUCGAGACAAAAUGGAGGACAGCCCGAGCCCCAAAAGGCAGCGUCUUUCCCAGCAGUCCAUGUUAGACCUCGGCCCGGCUCCUCAGUCCACUCCCUCCUCCCCCAUUCGGCCGUGGGAGCUUCCCCCCAGCCGCAGAUCCCACCCCCACUACAUGCCCGAGAGAUGCCACACACCCGUCAGAAACCGCCGCAGUCCUCCAAUGAGACGCCAGCGUGGCCGGAGAGACCGUUUGACUCGCCACCACCACCACUAUAACAGCAACAACAAUCACCAUCACCACCCAAACAGCCACCAUCAUCACCAUCUGCACUCCCACCAUGGCCCGUCGCAGGGACAUCAGGAUGAGAACUACCGGCACCCGGCUCCUCCUCAGGGUUACCCACCCUACAGCCAGCAGCCUCCCAGGGGGCCAAUUCCAGGCCCUGAAGACCGCCCAGGUUACCAUCCUCCUAACCCCUCCCCUAGGCCCCUUCAUCAUCAAUCACCAAACCUGUCUCCCAGGCUGCUGCACCCUGGCGCCCAUCCACAGCACCCACAUCCCCACCCAUCCCAGCAACAGAGCAGUGGGGUCCUAGAUCUGCAGGAGCAGGGUCCAGUUUCGGUAUCAUAUCCUGUGUCCCCUCCGGGUAUGCCACCAGGCCUUCCCCCCCGCUCUGCUCCGCAGCAGAUCCCAGCAUGCUCUGUGGUUUUCAGCGGGCAGCAUUAUCCCGUCUGCAGUGUCCCUCCUCCUGUUCUGCAGACUUGUUCCGUUCAGCAUCUGCCCAUGCCCUACCCGUUCCCGUCAUUGCUGUCCAGUGACCCUACUUUCCUGAUUCCUCCUCCUCACCUCACCCACCCUCCAACGCAUCUCUCCCACCACCCGCCACACUUGCCGCAGGCCGCCCAGUUUGGACCUUACCCAGCACAGCAGGCCCGAUCGCCUUUACAGAGAAUAGAAAAUGAUGUGGAGCUGCUGGGCGAGCAUCUGUCUCUGGGUGCUGGGCUUCACUACUCCCCAGCUGCACACCCAGCCCUCACCCCACACUCUACACCCCUCCACUUCCUCUCCCAUGAGCCCCUGACACAGGAGUUUUUUGGAGUGUCUUAUCCAAACUUCAUCCCUCGACGUCUCCCAGGGCGGCGGUACCGUUCCCAACAGCUUCCACCUUCGCCUUAUCACCCCAGCCUCCUGCCUUACGUGCUAUCAAUGCUGCCAGUCCAGCCCACAGGUCCUGCAAUCAGCCUGGAGCUGGAUGUAGAUGAUGGAGAAGUGGAGAAUUAUGAGGCCCUCCUCAAUCUUGCGGAGCGCCUGGGAGAGGCCAAACUCCGAGGACUGACCAAGGGGGACAUUGAACAACUCCCUUCCUAUCGCUUCAACCCAAAUAACCAUCAGUCUGAGCAAACACUGUGUGUGGUAUGUAUGAGUGAUUUUGAAUCCCGUCAACUGCUGCGAGUUCUUCCCUGCAGUCACGAGUUCCAUGGGAAGUGUGUCGACAAGUGGCUGAGGGCCAACAGGACGUGUCCUAUCUGUCGAGCCGAUGCCUCGGAGGUCCAGCGAGACUCGGAGUGACCACAGGAGGGAGCCAUGCACUUCCUGCCUUCGGUCUAACUCAUCUAGCACUGCCUGCUCCUGAUGGACACACAGACACAUGCAGCGUUACCUUUCAUGUUGGUGGAGCACUUUAUUCUCCAUGGUCGUUUCUUUCUUUGAUAAAUAUUUUAUUGUACAUUUAAUGUUUUCUUCAAACCUAAAAACUUGUCACACUCCUUUCCUUUCUGUACAUGCACAAUGUUUAAGUGAAUGACUCGCCUUCCUGCAGUAGUGUGUGAGUGUGUGUGGGUCUGCAUACAAACAUUGAUCUGCUCUAUAAUGCAGGGAUUUGGUACACGAGUGUUUGUGUUUGUAGAUGUGGGAGAGAUUUGAGGUAUCCUAGAGUAUGCAUGAGAUGUUCUGUACUGGACAAGAGUAACAGAUGUUUUUUUUGGUUUUUUUUCUUUGUCAUUUCCUCCCAUUUUCUAUGAUUAUGCACUGUCUGGAUGCAUACUCGGUGUGUAUGUAUGUUAUAGACUUUUCUCGGGUUUGACACUAUGGGUCCAUGCUGUUGCUGUGUUUUUCAGUUGCCGUUAUUAUUAUUAUUAUUAUUGGUUGUUUUUCUGUCUGACCGUUACCUCAUUAUGUAUUUCUAAUUACAAAUGCUUCAUUACACCAUUUUGACAUUUAACAAAUAUUUUCCUUUUCUUUUUAAAGGAAGUUUGUCCGUGGUUUUGCAGUGGCACAUGUUACAUAUAUAUAUCUAUAAAUAUAUAUAUAUAUACUGUAAAAAUCUAUGAAUAUCUAUAUACCAAAUAAAAUGC